AUGGAAAGAGGCGAAAGUAGCGGUACGCAACAUCAGGGCAACGGCUCAGCUACUGACACUCGCAACACCGAUACUGAAAGAAGCAGAGCUGAUAGUCAGACUGCAUAUGCUCGCAAUGUUACCCCCUCACAGCUUGAGCAAGGACAAGGAUCAAGCGCCGCUGGUACUGCUGGUACCGCUGGAACGACUGCGAAUACCAAAACCUCGCGAUGUUGUAACCCUCUGAAAUGGGGUAGAAACAUCAGGGAAUCUAUUGGGAACAUUCAAAGGGAAAUUAAGCUUGAACGAGAGAGAGACUGGGAGAGGACCAGGGAGAGAAGGAUUGAAGAGGCCACAGAGGACCUGUUUGAUGAGGAGUGA